AUGGACGCGUCGGGUGACCGAGCAUUGGAGGACCUGUUGGAAGUGGAAGAUCCAUGGGCGACCAACUUACAGGAGAGACUGAAGCUUUUGAAGCAUUGGUUGGAGGAGCUCAAGGCGACUGCCAAUGCUGCUAUCGAAGCAGAGGUUCGCAAUCAUGCCAAGAAGGUGGCGGAGAGUCGGGAGCUCAUGGAUAUUGAGGACCUGCAGGUGCUGAGAAAGGCGCAGGUGGUGGGCAUGACCACGUCCGGGGUGGCCAAGAUGCAGCGCCUCAUCACGGCGCUCGGCCCGCGAGUCAUCAUCGUGGAGGAGGCUGCUGAGGUGCUGGAAGCUCACAUUCUCACGUCUCUCACCCUGCAGACCGAACACGUCAUCCUCAUAGGCGACCACCUGCAGCUGCGGCCCAAGGUGGAGGUGUACGAGCUGAGCAAGGACUCCCACAAGGGCUUCGACCUGGAUGUCUCGCUCUUCGAACGCCUUGCCCUCUCCAAACAAAUCCCUGUUUACACCCUCGCCACACAGCGCCGCAUGCGUUCGGAAAUCGCCGACCUCAUCCGCAGCACCAUCUACCCCCAGCUCACAGACCACCCAUCUGUCCAGAGCUACCCCGACGUUCGAGGCAUGGCAACAAAUCUGCACUUUUGGGACCAUGACAGCCCGGAGAAGGGCGGUGAUUACCUGAAUGAGUCCAAGUCCAAGACAAACGAGGGAGAGGUGGACUUGGUGGUGGGGCUGGCGACGUACCUGCUGCAGCAGGGGUACGCGGGAGGGGAGAUCACCAUCCUCACCCUGUACGUUGGCCAGCUGCUGAAGCUACGCCAGGCGCUCUCCCGUGUGGUCAAUGUGAAGCUGGGGGAGAGUGAUGCUGAGGUGGUGGAGGAGGCGGAGGAGAAGGCUGCAGCUAGGGGCGGUGGAUCCAGAGAACGUGAUGGCAGGAGCAAUAGUGAUUCGUCACAUGGCUCAUGGUUGCAGAGCAAGGGGCCGGGACCAGGAGAGAGCCCUCUCGUGCCGUCCACAGCGGAUUUGAAGGAUGAAGUGCGGUUGGCUACGGUUGACAAUUUCCAGGGCGAGGAGAGCACGGUGAUCAUCAUCUCCCUCGUACGCAACAACGGUGACGGCAAGAUCGGGUUCCUCAAGAGCCCCAACCGCACCAACGUGCUGCUGUCCCGUGCCAAGCAUGGCAUGUACAUUGUUGAUGACAAAGCCAAGAAGGAGCAGAAGGGACAGGAACAGCAGGCACCUGGGUUGCAGCAGCCGCAGCAGCAGCAGCAGCAGCAGCAGCAGGAGGGAGUGGGCAUGGAAGUAUCAACGUCAACUGUUCCAAAGAAGCACAAGAUGCGGCCACCAGUGCCCCUCCUUGUGCGGGGAAAAGUGCCCCUCUACCGAAUAUUGCACUGCUCCCAAAUGCGGUCUGUGACAGGCUUCAUGGCCGAAGCAGAACGCCUGCGUGCUGCAUCCAUGAAUCCACCCACCUGGAAGACUUAUCAGGCGUGCAUAGCAGCUCUGCAGAGAAAGCACGCGCUGCUGGGGGGCCCGGCAUGGAGUGGUGGGAGAGGCGGGGCGAGUGGUGCUGGUGAUUUUAUUCCUGCAGCAGCAUCGUUGGAGGAGGAAUGCCGUCUGCUCUACGUUCCCCAGCCGGACGCGCGCCCGCCUUGCGAAUCGCUCAUCAUUCUGGCAAAAUGCCACGAGCUUCUCAUGACUCUGAACCUCCUCCAGCUACGGGACCAUCUGAGGAAUCUUCGAAAUGCAACUGGACAGAGAAGUGCUCCAACUAUAGAGCAUUACUUUUACCAGCGUGUACGUGAAUGUAGAAUAACUUUGCACACGUGCCUGAAUAAUGCUCGUGAGUGUCUUGUGGCGGCGGUGGAUUGGGCUGGCAAGUGCAUGGCACACCGACUGGAGGCAAGGGCGCGACUGGAGCUGGUUGGCGUGUAUCGUGCAUAUGUGGAAGGGAUGAUGGCUGAGCGCCUGCUCUCUAGCUCCACUGUCGACCAGAAUGGAUCGAAGGCGCAACAGCUGGAGUAUCUUGAGAAGGCUAAGAUCCUAUGCCACAUGGUUGCCUAUCACCCCAUGGUCUCUGUCAGUAACAAUGCCCUUGGGGAGAGAGCCAGGAAAAUGUUACAGGAAGAGUUACCUGCUCUGGAAACAUCUGUUCGGGACGAACCUCGUUAUUUUGUCCUGACAGAGCGGGAAAAGGACGAGGUGUACAGGGCGAUGGGCUUUGGAACAGGCCAUUGGUAUCGGUGCCGCAAUGGGCAUGUGUAUGCCAUAGGGGAAUGUGGUGGUGCAAUGCAGGAGUCACGCUGUCCGGAGUGUGGAGAGGUGGUGGGUGGGAGUAGUCAUCAGCUUCGAGAAGGGAACACUUCUGCAGCUGAUUUUUUCAGCGGUCUCAAUCAAAGGAUCGCUUAG